ACGGGCUGUAGCAGCCCCCUGAUAGCCACAGGGCAGAGAUAGGCGCAGAAAACCGGGUUGCCUCGAGAUAGGAUAGGGCUCUAGAGGGGCCGGGGCCUUGACUCUCAGGUUUACGGCCUUGCGGUUUACGGCCUUGCAACCUGCUCUCUUCAUUGUCCUGGAAAACGUCUGAAGUGGGACUGAAAAAAGAGGGGCGCAGUUUGCAGGCUGUGGAGUGGCCCUGCUAAUGAUACUUAAACAGCGCUGACUCUAGGCCAGGCACUUUCCCCUAGCUUUACGGUUAAAUCUUGCAACAACACUGUGAGCUGGAAACUAUUAUUUCUAUCCUUCAGAGGUGGAAACCGCAAACAGCUGUGGCUCUGGGAAUCAGGCUGGUUUUAGAGUCUGUGGUCUUCACCAGGCUGGGCCGCCUCCCAUUCUUGUUAAUUGUGGCUUCAAGCUACGCAGCUUCGUUGUGAAUGGGGAGUGUUUUGUUACCUUUAAGUCCUACAAAUUUAACAGUAAAUAAAUCAACACCGGCGUGGUAGACCACUAGAGCUUCACUUUAGCCCUUGCCAGAUUUAGAAGAGUCUGUAGAGUGGAGUAAUUAGUAUCAAGACCUGGAAUCUGGAAAUGGGAAGAGAUAUUCAGUUUUGCCUGACUUCUGCAUGUUGUCAUCUCGUGUACGCCUGGUCGCCACGACAGCCCGCCUGGUCCAUUCCCUGAUCUACAGUUCUUCCCGUUCCUUCAUGGAUCUGAAGGCUCUCCUUUCCUCCUUGAAUGACUUUGCAUCCCUCUCAUUUGCUGAGAGCUGGGACAAUGUUGGAUUACUGGUGGAACCGAGCCCACCACACACUGUAAACACGCUCUUCCUGACCAAUGACUUGACAGAGGAAGUGAUGGAGGAGGCGCUGCAGAAGAAGGCGGAUCUCAUCCUCUCUUACCAUCCGCCUAUUUUCCGACCCAUGAAGCGCAUCACCUGGAAAACAUGGAAGGAGCGCCUGGUAAUCCGGGCACUGGAGAACAGAGUUGGGAUCUACUCUCCUCACACCGCCUAUGACGCUGCUCCUCAGGGAGUUAACAACUGGCUGGCUAAGGGGCUUGGUGUUUGCACCUCCAGGCCCAUCCAUCCUUCCAAAGCACCUGACUACCCCACGGAGGGAACUCACAGAGUAGAAUUCAGUGUUACCCACACCCAAGACCCGGACAAAGUCAUUUCUGCACUGAAAGAGAUUGCAGGUGUAUCUGUUACUUCUUUUUCUGCUAGGACUGAUGAUGAAGAACAAACACGGCUCAGUCUGAAUUGUACUCAGCAAGCUUUGAUGCAGGUGGUGGCUUUUCUUUCCCAGAAUAGGCAGUUUUAUCAGAAGACUGAAAUUCUGUCACUAGAGAAGCCUCUACUUCGCUAUACUGGGAUGGGACGGUUAUGCACACUGGAUGAGUCUGUCUCCUUGGAAACCAUGAUUGAGCGAAUCAAAAGUCACCUAAAACUAUCUCAUGUUCGCCUUGCUCUUGGAAUAGGGAAGACUUUAGAGUCCCCAGUCAAAGUCGUGGCUCUGUGCGCUGGUUCUGGGAGCAGCGUCCUGCAGGGGACAGAUGCCGACCUUUAUCUCACAGGUGAGAUGUCCCACCAUGAUGUUCUGGAUGCUGCUUCCCAAGGAAUAAGUGUCAUCCUCUGUGAACACAGCAACACUGAACGAGGCUUUCUUUCUGAUCUUCGAGAUAUGCUGGAUGCUCACUUGGAGAAUAAGAUUAAUAUUAUCGUGUCAGAAACAGACAGGGACCCUCUUCAUGUGAUAUAAGGCCUGCAGGAACAGCCAGAUAACACAACAUAGAAAGCAGGUGGCUCCCAGUGUGAAUCCAUAACAUGAAUCAGUGGGGUUGGUAUCCUUCCAAAAGAAUAUCUUAGAAGGUACAUUAGCAUUUCUGGUUUCUUAAUCUGCUUCUCCCGAUGUUCUGUAGCUCAGAAGAUAAAAACUAUAAUGUAAUUACCAUUGAAGAAUAAAUAUUAUAAAGGACAAAUUAAAGAA